AUGGAGAGUGGAAACAAGAAUUCAGCGAUAUUCAGUGCAGCACUGCAGGAGCACGCCCAGAGAGAAGGAGAAGGAAGAGAGAAGGGUGGGAGCGGGAGUAAGAAGAGUGUCUGCCAUAGCCAUCUGCUUGGAGUGUGUCCAAGACACGAGCUGAAGAGUUCUUUUCAAAAUGCGUGUUUGUAUGACCACCCAAAAGAGAAUGGCAUUGUACACUCUGAAGUAUCUACUUUUUCUUCGGGUAAAAUGGGAUACUACGAGCAUAGAAGCUUUCUUCUUAGAAGCGAAAGACUGAAGGACGAAGUAAAACAGAUUCUAGGAAAGAUGAAGAAACAGAAGAUGGAGACCAAAGAAAUGGUGCGCUACAGAGAAAUAAAGAAGAGAGCAAAAAUAUUUGAGAUAAAUGGAAAGAUGGAGCUGGCGAGCAUUGAAAAGAGCAAGCUGAGACAAGAAGAAGAGAAAAACAACAAAAACAAAGCGGUCAGAAUAAAGUGCAAAAUAUGCCCGCAGUAUCUCCCAUGGAUGGAAAAUGAAAGAAAAGCACACUACGAGGGAAGAGUGCACAGAGCAUAUAUAAAGAUGCGAGAGUAUUUGCAAAAGUACUAUUCAGGUGCGAUUCAUGUAGAUCAAAAUAGAAGCUUUCUUAGUUGA